UCUCGUUACUGGCGCUUAUUCGGAAAUAUCCUUUUUCAUCGGUUUUUGCGAAAAAAAAGGAAAUGUUAUCGAUGCCUUGCUACAAAGAAAGUUUACCGAGUUAUAUCACACAUUUCGUGCGGGAUAGUCACGUCAAAACAUUGUUCUUCUUUUCAUAAAUAUGGCCGUCCGCACCGUUAGAGCACAAUAUUUCACGGGUGAAAAGUGUUUAUCGGGAUGAAAUUGUGAACUUGUUAACUAAAGAGUAUUCGUAUGUUAAAUUACUUUGUUGUGUCAAGUGGAAUUGUGAUUGCGAAAAAAGUUACGAUCGGUACCGCUUUCGUGGAGUUUUCCUACGCCCAUUUUCACUAAAUGUAAGUUUGCAGAUUUCCCCGAGGAAAUCGUUAAAUUAAGAUACAAAGCACAAACAUUCAGUGAAUCGAAAUGUUACCACAUAUGCUGCCAUUAUUUACGGAAUGGUUACGAAGCAUCAUUAACAGCGAGCUUCUUCAUCGUUGAGGAACACCGUAGGAAUAAACCAAAGCAACAUUAACCCCACUAGGGCACUUUCCCCAUCCACCCAGGAGAACAACUAUCACGCCAUUCUUUUGGAUUAUCUAACAAAGCUCACCAUCCUGUAAGAAGUUUGCGCUUCCUUCGCUCUGCCUUGUCAGAAGCGGACGGGCGUCAAUUUAUAUCUUAGACGGCAAACACACACACACCGCCCUUCUAAUACAUACCGUCACAAUCAAUAGAGCACCAGGCGGUGCCGGCAGCGGUCAAACGUACAUCCUGUGCUCGAUAGUGUAAGGAUAGGAUGUACGGCAGCGGGAGCCCCCCAUCUAAACUAACGGGGGGCUCCAUGUCGUCACGGUCGAAGCGUUCGAAGAAGUCUGCCUGGGGUGCCCGGGAGCGAGCCGGCAUGAGCUUCCUGAUCGUCAUAGCGUUUUUCGCCAUCUUUGGACUAAUUAUCCUAACAGAGGUGCUUAUGAUUGAUGAUCGAGGUCGAGGUGGGGGAGUCAUUGUGCGACAUGGAAGCAGCGGUGGUCGCUUCGGGGAAUCCGUGCCCGACUAUGACGACGUGAAGGAUGAUUAUCUGGACGAUACAGGAAUUUUUGUACGGGAAACGAAAUUUGGAAGUGCGGCCAUCAAAAAUAUUUUGAAAAAUCAAAAAGACACUAAACUGUCCAUUGGCAUGACCGUGCCACUAGAUCCGGCCGAACAGCAGCGCAAUCCACCAAUCAUCCCCUGGGGUCAGAUGUUACCCUCGAAGACGGAGCAAACUUUGCCCCGGUAUCCGGCCGAAAUGCGCGCAACCGACGGAUCGUGGGAAAUAGUCAACGGCACGCGGUACAAGUUCUACGUUUUCUCUGCCUUCUACGAUCGGCGCGAUGGAAAGCUGGUGCGAGUAAUCGGUGCCACGAAAACCCGUGGUCCGGAGAGGGUGUGGUGCCGAUUUUGGUACCCGACAGGCCAAAACAGUACCAAGUAUCGAUCCGCCUCGGUGAUGGCCAGGGUGAAGAUUAUACGAGAAAAUUGGAACUUGAAGUAUAGCGCUUGCUUCAUUUUGUGCCCAAUCCGGGGCCCUUUUCCAGAUAUUCCCUAUGCGGUCAGUGUAGUUAGCAAAAUUAGGGCACCACCCGGUAAUGUCUUGUUGCUUAGAAAUACUGAUAAUGACCCAGAUUUUAACAAUCGAACAUUUAGCAACAUUCCGAGCAGUAUCGGAGUGUGUGUCAAACCACUACAUUUCAAUUACGAUCAGGCACUGUAUCUGCUCGAGUUCCUGGAGCUAAACAAUCUACUUGGAGUAUCCCACUUUACAUUUUAUAACCAUACGAUUGGGCCGAAGGCCAGCUGUAUUUUGCGGCACUACAUCAGUGGGGAUCUUCCACCCCUAAUCACAUCCUACGGUUCUGUACGGGCGCAAACGCGCAGCACUGAGGCUGCAGAAGUUAAUGACGUACAUAGCGCUGCGGUCCCUAGCAGCAAACUGCAUGACGGGACAUCCUAUCAAAAGCCAAAGAUUACUGUAAAUAUUUUGCCGUGGAAUUUGCGGAUGCGGUCUCAGAAAGAAAUCCGUACGGAAGGGUUAUUCGCAUCGUUAAACGAUUGCCUUUACAGAAGCAUGUACAGAUACUCGCAUGUUGCACUAAUUGAUUUAGAUGAAUUUAUUAUACCACACAACAACGACACAUUAAUCGAUUUAAUCAAUUGGCUUUCAAAACGAAUCAACAACAGAAACACAGGAGCUUACUCAUUCCAGAAUGCUUUUUUCUACCUUCAAUUUGCUGACGACAGUCUGAUGUACGAUGACGGCACAUCACGAAUUGACUUACGAGCGGCUCUUACGACGCAACGCAAGACGAGACGCCGUUCAAAGCUGCAUCCUCAAAAGCAACGCUCAAAGUAUAUCUGCCGACCGGAAGCAGUCAUCGAAGCGGGCAACCACUUUGUAUGGGAAUUUUGCCCAGGACGAGGUUCGCUCAAUGUUCCGACCGAUGCUGCGAUACUUCACCAUUAUAGGGUUUGCGAAUUUGGAGGCGAUGACUGCAUCAAAUCCCCCUCGGUGGUGGAUCGAACGGCACAUCGAUACUCCAAACGACUGGUGGACCGAGUUGGAACAGUUUAUAACUAUCUUAAGGAUACUUGCGAUCUUCCAGAAAUACCCCGAGCUCCCACGAAGCCACCACCGACGCGUAAAAAACUGCUCAAAGUACGAAUUCCGAUUAGGCCGGAAUCACUGGCAGCACCACACGCUAAAAACACCGUAGAUAGCAUCAAAAAUAAUGCAAGUAAUAACAGCAACAGUAGUAGCAGGAGCACCUACGCGCCGUCACUGAUUCAAGUGAUGUCGAACCAUCGGGCGUAAUUUAAACUCCCACGAGCAAUGAAGACGAUUUUAUUCAACUAUUUACUUUUAUAAAAGCAUACAGCUCAGCCUGUGCCGGAGUUUUAUCAGUAGUUUAUAGUUUGAGUAAAUUAUUGAAAACAAUACGAACAACCUGUCAUUUGUUAACGAAGCAGUCACGAAACAAUAUAUUAAUAACGAUAUUAUCAGCUUUUAGUCUAACAAAGAAAAACAAAUAGUUGGAAUCUGUCAUCGCGGGCAAACUGUUACAGCCCGCGGCAUUGAUGCUCACUAGUAGUAUUUACAUGGGCGGCUGUACUUUAAAAUGGCCUACUAUUCCGCUUCUUAGUUCACUUGUUAAAGGACUCGACGCAAAGCGACGUAAUCUAAAUUUCACGUGGUACUGAAAGUAGUCACGAAGUAUGGCUGCUUUCGAAUUAAAUUCUUCGGCCGAUAGAAUUUAAACCGAAAUCACUCACGCUACAAUUAGUCACAGAAGCUUACCGAUUUAUACCUAAUUGAACAAUAAUCAAAAUACACAAAUAAAAAGAAGUGAAGUAGAACACCGCAUAUCAGUAUUUAGAUCUUAGGUUCACACUUCAGUUUAUUUUAGUAAAUAUAAUCGACUUGAAAACUGCAAGAUGUUAGCGGACAGAACUGCAAACUGGCGGUUUGGCAGUUUGUCAAUGUCUUAUCGAACCUAAAAAAAACAAGGAAUAAUAAAAUACACACAAUAUAGCUCAAAUCUGAUAUUCUAACACUGAUGUAAUGUUUCGCGGGCAGGUAAAAAUCGAAACACCGAACGUUUUUUUUUGUAAUAACACACUUAACUGCAUAACAUGCAUGAAUCGAUGCAAUAAAUAAUGGACAAAUCUCCAGUUGGAUGGUGGAAUAAAAGAAGAAAUAAAGAUUACUUUUUGAAA